CUGAAUUCGCCGGGCAGCUGCUUACCCGAGAGCAUGAGCGAAGCCACGUCCUGUAGCUGCGUCGCCAGCUCCAUUGGAAAGGGCUCGUUACACAGCGGUAACAACGGAGUAGGUGGAAGCAACGGCGGCAGCAGCGCCAUGUUCCAAGAGCCGUUCUUCCUUCAUCCACCGGGCUCGCGUGCCCGGGACGGCCUCUACAUCAAUCCCAUGACGGCGAACGCCUUCGUGGUGGCCCCGACGACGACGCUGCCCUUGCCUCUGCGUCUGAAUAGCAACGGCGUUAAUCACAAGGAUCAGUUGAUACUGUCGUCGAGCGCCUCGCAGUCCAACGGAAUCAGCAGCUUGGGCAGUGCCGCGAGCAGCGGCAACAACACCAUCGCCACCGGGGGCAGCAGCAGCGGCUCGUUUUUCCUGCACAGCCCGCACGAGCUGGUCUACACGCGGGUGGCUCAUCUGUUCGACGACGCCGGUGGUAUCGCGAACACCGGUGCCGGCGACAUCAUCGACUCGUCGAGUUGUCCGAUUCGUGGCUCCGUCGAGAGGAAGGACGAGAUAACCGUGAAAGCCGACGUGCAUCAUCAUCAGCAUCAUAUCAACGGCGGUAGCAGCCCCAGCGUCAGCAACAGCAGCACCGCCAAGUCCUGCAAGAGCGUCAAGAUGACGAACGGCGGUGGCCUGGCGUCGGAUUAUUCCAAGGACAGCGUGAGCGAGCACGCCUACGAGCAGAUUCCCCAAGACGACGAUGAAUCCGACGAAGACGACGGCGACGAUGUGAUCGAAGACGUCAACGAGGACGUCAGGACGCCGACAGCGGCGAAACGCGGCUCGAGUCCGGCCAAGUACAAUAAUAAUAACAACAACAACAACAACAACAACAACUCGAUGUCGUCGCCGUCGCAGCUGAAGAAAAUCAUGGAAAACGGCAACGAGAUCGGCAGGUGUCGGUACGGCAGAUCGAGCAGCGCCAGCGAGUCGUCCUCGUCGACGGUCAGCAGCAGCGAGACCCCGGGCGGCUACUCGUCCAGCGCCUCGACGCCCCCGCUGUCACGCAACAGCAGCAACGAGCGUAUGAAUAACAACAACAACAAUAUAAACAACAUCAACAAUAGAAAUAAAUUAGUCAAAGUUACAGAGCGCAAAAAUCCAGCGACGACGGGCCCGACGAGGGUAGAAAGUGAAAAGGAUACGAAACCGGCAAUCUCCGGACCAGGCGGAUUUUUCGGAUCUGUACCGCCCCCGCCACCGCCUCCCCUGCCACCGGCACCGGAAAACAGCGAGGAAAGCUCACGGAGCUGCAGCAAAAAUUCCGCUCACGGCGAGAACUCGACGAAGGACGAGAAGAAAGACGGCAGCUUCGACCAGGUGGCCAAUAGCCGAGAGUCAAAAUGCGAAACCACUGCGAUAUCCGGAGCGAACGAGGAGGAGUCCACAACUACUGCUGGUGGUGGUGGUAGUCGUCAUCACCACCAACAUCAUCCUCAUAAUCAUCACAGUCACAACAAUCAUCAUCAUCAUCAUCAUCAUAACAAUCAUCAUCCGGAAGUCCAUGAAAGCUCAUCGACGCCCGCGUCGUCGUCAGUCGCGAGCCGAGCCGUCAACGCCAAUGGUUGUAGUAACAGUAGUAGUAGUAGUAGUGUCGCCGCAGUGCCACCCGCACCGCCGCCCCCUGUAAUCGCAGCCGUGAUCCUCGCCACCACCACUACGGCUACGAUCAUCGAGGAAGAGGAUCAAGAUAAUCAGCCUCAGCAGCAGCAACAACAGAGCAGCAAUUCCAGCUGCAGCAGCAGUAGCGUUGGCAACAACGGCGGCAAGAACCAGGUGACAGCGCACCUGGUCAACAGGCACAUGGUGCUGCCCUUCAUACCGCCCCAGUUCGCCAGCCAGGCCGCCGACUCGGAGACGCUGCUCAAGCCGUCCGAGUAUCUGCGCAGCAUAUGCAAGUCCACGGUGCAGCUCGCCCAUCGUCAUCAUCAGCACAACAGCUUGUCCAAGGCCAGAUCGGUAGACAAUUUGGAUCUGCAGGGCCGCCUGGUGGUCGAAUCGAUACGGCGCAAGAGCGAGUGCACCGAGGAAGCGGCCGAGGAAGAGGAAGAAGAGCAGCAGCAGCGACCACAUCAAGAGGAAGAGGAGGAGGAGGAGGAGGAAACCGCAGCUACCGGCAGCAAAGAGGGGCGAGCGACGAAUGGAGAGACUUUGGGACCGCCACCGCCGCCGCUACCGCCACCGCCCAUGGGUCCGCUUUCGAACGGUGGCAACGGCGUCAACAAUAAUAAUUCGAGCGUCGGUGCCGCCGCCGCCGCCGCAGCCGAUCGACAGCAGCAGCAGCAAUUGAGACAGCAGCAGCCGCUCGCCACCAUCAGCAUACAGGAUCUCACGAGCGUGCAGCUGAGACGGACCAACAACAAGAUGCACGCGGCCAAGACCUUCUCGGCGCCACCGAAUCGCAGCGUGUCCAUGACCAACGUGUCGGAAUCGUUCUUCGUCCAAAAAACCGAUCUGAUCGCCGAGUUGAAGAAGACGAAGGACAUACCCGGCAUCAAGAAGAUGAAGGUCCAGCGGGCCCAGGUGGAAAAGUCCCAGGAGCAAAAUAUGAUGUCGGAAAUCAGCAAGACUUUCAGUAUAGCCAACUUCGUCGAUCAAAUCCCAGAAAAAGAUAGCUCCGGCAACGUCAUACCGAUCUGGAAGCGGCAGAUGCUGGCGCGCAAGGCCGCCGAGCGGGCCAAGAAGGAGCUCGAGGAGCAGAUCGCCCGCGAGAACGAGGAGAAACGACAGAAGGCGAUACCGCCCUGGAAGAGGCAGCUGCUCGCCAAGAAGGAGAGCUGCGGCGGCGACGCCAAGACAGCGACGACGGCGACGACGGUGCUACCGACGCCGAGGAUCGAAGUGCCGAUCGUGGCGAAGAAGAGCGAGCCGGCGGUGCUGGAAAUUCCGCCGCCGCCGAUCGAAGACAACAGCGGGAAUAACAACGGCUUGAGCAACGGAAAGGCCGAAGAGACGACGACGACGACGUGCAACAACAAUAACAACAAUAAUAAUAAUAACAAUCACAAACGACCGAACAACGACGAGGACGACGACAACGAGACCGUGCACAUCAUACCCUGGAGGGCGCAGCUGCGCAAGACCAACAGCAAGCUCAACAUCCUCGACUGAGGGGGCAGCUGCCGAUCGACGAACGAACUUAUAUUUUUAGCAAAGAAAAAAUGACGAUGAUAAUAUUGAUAACGAUUUAACGAUAAGGAUGUGUGUUACUCGAUGCGCGAAGUAACUACACGUAUGUGCUAAGGACGAAGAAAAAGAAAAAUCAAAAGAUGAUUGUGUUUCGUUGAGUGUCUAUCUAUCGCGAUACAAGCGAAUG